GGCAGGCGGAGGGAAGAGAAAGGCUCUGUUGUUUUUCUCUCCUUGUUUCUCGCUCCCUCACUGCUGCUAAUCACCAAGCUGCUGACCAGGUCAGAGAGCCUUGAUGGAAACCCUACAGUGCUGGGCAGGCCCCUUCUCCAGGAAGCCUUUCCUUGACUAAUUUUUCUUUGUCUCGAUGGGAAAAAACGAGGGAAAAAGAGAAAAAAAGAAGAAAAAAGAACCACAAACUUCCUUUGAAAAACAGCUUGUAGUCAGGGCCUGGAGCGCACGCCCUAGACUCGGCGACUCAGGAAUCCUGAAGACGCGCUCUGAGCAACCUGGGGGGGGCACCUGGGUUGUGCCCCUGCCUGUGCUCACCCUCCUCCACUGCCCUGGGUCCUGGGCGUGAGUCCGGAAGUGGCCAGGACCCAGCCAGGACCGCCGCUCUCAUAAACCUGUAUGUGGAAACUCUGGUGUUGACAGCUGGAAGGCAGCUGCGACUGAGGCGGCACCCCUCGUUGUACCCACCGCCCCUAUCGAAUUGCCAGAUCUGAACCCUCCUUUUUAGUCCGGAAACAGCACCCACUUCUUUAAGGGAAGCUGACUCCACCCAAUGUCUUCAAUCCCACUAGAAUCAUCUGUCCCAAGCCUGAAGGUCCUGUACAUUCAUUGGCCCCAUCUGGUCACAGCAGGUUAGAGGUGAAAAGAGCUCACGCUGGGGCUGCACUUGUUUACCCAAGCUGACCAAGACACGCGCCCCCGACAGGAGUGACUGCAGAUACUGUCCAGCCUUGCCCACUGCAACCCUUUUCCAAGACUUUUCUGGGUCCGUUUGCUUUCCAGCCCAAUGCUUUCCUUUGUAUGGGAUCGGCCUCUGUUUUGCAUACCAAGCCUGGAUUAGGCAGGUGCCCGAGGACCAGGAAGUCCUUUGGUACCCCUCAGUAGACUCCUCCUGACCAUGGAAGACCACCUCCCUGAGCACCUGGCCUCUGGGACGGCCAGGACCGCAGAAGCAGUCAGCUCUGAAAACCACGAGGUCCCGUCAGAACCAGAUGAGCACCCUCAAGAUAAGGAUGCUGGAGGUGCCGACGGGGCAGCCGGGGAGCAGGAGCCAGCCCAGCACGCCGCGCUGCCAGCCCAGGGCCGGGAUAAACUCGAGUCCCUUCCUCCUGACACUAGCUCAAGCCAGCCGGUGCCGGCCCAUGGCACACAGCCCGAGGGAGAGACAGAGGGGGCGUGCUCCAGGCCCCAGGAGUUGCCCCAGUCCCCCAGGGCCCGACAGCCAGAGUUGGAUUUCUACUGUGUAAAGUGGAUCCCCUGGAAGGGAGAACGGACGCCCGUCAUCACACAGAGUGCUAACGGCCCUUGCCCGCUCCUCGCCAUCAUGAAUGUCCUCUUUCUUCAGUGGAAGGUCAAGCUGCCCGCUCAGAAGGAAGUGAUCACCUCAGACGAGCUCAUGGCCCACCUCGGAGACUGCCUCCUGUCCAUCAAACCCCAAGAGAAGUCAGAGGGACUGCAGCUUAAUUUUCAGCAGAAUGUGGACGAUGCAAUGACAGUGCUGCCUAAACUGGCCACAGGUCUGGAUGUCAACGUGCGGUUCACGGGCGUCUCAGAUUUUGAGUAUACACCUGAAUGCAGCAUCUUCGACCUACUGGGCAUACCUCUGUACCACGGCUGGCUCGUGGACCCACAGAGUCCCGAGGCUGUGAGUGCAGUGGGGAAACUGAGUUACAACCAGCUGGUAGAGAAGAUCAUCACUUGCAAGCACUCCAGCGACACCAACCUCGUGACCGAAGGCCUGAUCGCAGAGCAGUUCCUGGAGACCACCGCGGCACAGCUGACCUACCACGGCCUGUGUGAGCUGACGGCGACGGCCAAGGAGGAUGAACUUAGCGUCUUUUUCCGCAACAACCACUUCAGCACUAUGACGAAGCACAAGAGUCACUUGUACCUACUGGUCACCGACCAAGGCUUUCUACAGGAGGAGCAAGUGGUGUGGGAGAGCCUGCACAACGUGGACGGCGACAGCUGCUUCUGUGACUCUGACUUUCACCUCAGUCAUUCCCUGGACAAGGGGCCUGGAGCAGAAGGUGGGAGUGGCUCCCCCGAAAAGCAGCGGCAGGUAGACCAGGACUACCUGAUCGCCUUGUCCCUGCAGCAGCCACAAGGCACGGUGGGCCUUAGCGACCUGGAGCUGGCCCAGCAGCUGCAGCAUGAGGAGUACCAGCAGCAGCAAGGGGUCCAGCCUGUGCCCGCCCGGGCCCUGGCGCCACGGGGGAGAGGAGCCACAUCCGGACGCCCAGCCAGGGAGCGUCGACAGAGGCCGAAGCAAGAGUCCGACUGUGUCCUCCUGUAGCGCUGCCCCGUGCCAGGCUGCCCUGCCUCUUCUCCCAGAGGCCCUGGCUAGCUCGCUUGCUGCCCCGUCAAGCCCCAAGAUACGCAGGGUAACUUAUUUAUGGACUGGUGGGGAUCUGGGCAGGCAGUCAAUGCCAAGGUCAGACUCGGUGACAUCCUUGCCCUCAUGUGCUGCGGCCUUCGCUUCCUGCCAGUCACCCAGGGCAACAGUAGGGCUAGCGGGGUGAGGAUUUCUGAUUCCCAACUCCCUUUCCCCAGGAUAUCACACUAGCACACAGACUCAGGCUUCGGGUGAGAUCCCUGUCUAGAAUGCAUCUCCCCUACUUCCCACCCCUGGCUGGCUGGGUCCUCCGGCCUACACUGCAGGCCCGCCUUCCUUUGUUUAGGGGUUUGAUUUGGGUUUCUAUCUCCAUUAUUUGUAACGCCUUCUAGGGGUUUGGAAAUAAAACUUGUUUCCUGA